CAAGUGGAAGCCAUCCACAGGCAGCGAGUACAUCUGCAGGCAGCGAGUACUUGGCGUACGUUUCCAUAAUGUCCUCACUGCCAGAUAUGUCUUCCUCUGAUGAGGAGCUCAAUUGUGCAAUCCUGGCCAGUAUCGACAAUCAGAUGAAUACAAUGCGCUGUGACAAGCCAGCCUCUGAGAUACUGUUACAACUUGCCAGCAAAAUAACACCAAACAAGACCUGCAAGUUUAAUAUCAAUCGCCAGUCUGUCUUAGAUGGUGCCAUCAGGGGAUUUAAAAGGGUUUCUUACGACCCUACUGCAACUAUGUCUGUCAGGUUCUCGGAUGACCUGGGAACCUAUGAGGAGGCUAUUGACUUGGGUGGGCCACGGAGGGAAUUCUUGACCUUGCUCAUGGAAGCUCUGCUGAGAUCCCCUAUGUUUGAAGGAGUUGAGGAAAAAAAACAAAAUCUCACACUUGAUAGCAAAGGUAUGUUCCAUGUUUACCUGUGA